AUGGAGCAGCAACAAAACAGGGCGACUGCUUUCAAGUUUUAUGAAGUUUACAGUUGGAAGAGAGGGAAAGAAAGGCGUGCAAAAAACUUUGUUUGUGGGGACUCAACUCCAUCAACAUUUGUGCAAAGAAAAUUGGACUGUGGUACAAUGUACAAGUCAGAUGCUUGGAGAAUAUACCUUGAGUGUUUUGCUUCACUUGGACAGGAUAUGAACGUUUUGCCCUGUGGAUUAGUGGUAAAUGUUACUAAUAGAUGGUUAGGCUGCUCGAAAUUACUGUUCCCCAAUAAGUUGGUAUUGGAGAGUCCAAAUGCCCGAAUGAUCAAAGAGACAGUGACCUCAUGGAUGUGGCACAGGCCAAUAAAAAUUUUUACUUCGAAGCUGUAG